CAAUUUCACAAUUUCCUCUACAAGUUGGUAGUAUAAUGCGCGAGGCUCGUUGACCACGCAUGCGCAGAAGACAAUUUCAAGCACUGCUACACGGAAAGCAUAUAUUUUCUAACAAUUAUAAAGAAAACUAUAAAUCUUGGAUAAUUUUUUGAUUGUGAUGAAAAUUCACAAAUUAAACUUGAACAUUUUUGUCAACAAAAAAUGCUUAAAGCAAAAUAUUUAUCGAGUUACAACGCUUUGAAUUUUCCAAAAUUUAACAAUUUUUUUAUAAAAUAAUAAAUUUUCAAAUAUUUUGAAUAUUUAUCAUAAAAGUGCAAAUUCAGCUCUACAAUUUGAUAUAUUGUAAAUUUCUACAACUUACAUGCUGAAAGAUAGAACUGAAUUGGUAGGUGAAUGCGGCAGCGAAGACAAAAAAUGUUAGAAAAACUUAUCGUCUGCUACGAGUUUACGCGGGUUACAGUUGCGGCCGUGUUGGCCUCGGCCAGUCGUUAUCAAUCGUCUUUCGUCGUCUGAAAUAAUUUACUCAAAUAUUCUAGACAAGUUAAUAAAGUAUUGAACGCACAUUCGUGCUAUAACACAAGAUCUCAUUCUACUAGUGUUUUGUCAAUUAUAAAGCAGUACUUGCAAAUAUUUCGUCGUAAUGUUUUUCUAUACUCUUUUUGGAGGCUACGUGCUCACGUCUUUGCUACUUUUUAAAUACCCUACUCUAAUGCACAAAAAGAAGAAAAUAAAAUUUAUCUGUCAACAUAUUAGCCAUAGAGGAGGAGCUGGUGAGAAUUACGAAAAUACAAUGUAUGCUUUUAAAAGAUCAGCUGCUAUAGGUACUGAAAUGUUGGAACUAGAUUGUCAUUUGACUAAAGAUGGACAAGUUGUAGUUUCUCAUGAUCAGAAUCUUUUGAGAACUACUGGUGUCAAUGUCAAUAUUUCUGAAAUAGAUUUUAAAGAUCUUCCCUUAUUAAAAACAAGGAUUCCAAUUGAUUUUGAUCCUGGAGUAGAAUUUCAUGGUUCAGACAAUAUAAAUGAAAGAAAAAUAGCACUACUACAAGAAGUUUUUGAUACCUUUCCCAAAAUGCCUAUAAAUAUUGACAUUAAGGUAAACAAUGAUGAUCUUAUACGUAAGGUAUCAGAAUUAAUCAAAUUGUAUAACAGAGAGGAAUUAACUGUUUGGGGAAACUUUAGUGAUGUUGUGACUAAGAAAUGUUAUGAUAUGAAUCCAAAUGUCAAUCUUUUUUUUGCAAUGAAAAGAGUUGUAUUGUUAAUAAUUCUUAUGUACACUGGUCUUCUACCAUUUGUGCCUAUCAGGGAAACUCAUCUUGAAAUAUUCCUUCCAUGCAUCUAUGCAAGAAAAAAAGGUUAUCAAGUACCAACAUUUCUCCCAGUGGAUAAGCUUUUUCUUGGAUGCAUGAAUGUAUUACUAAUAAGACCAUGUUUAUUCAAUCAUCUAAAAGCACGUGGAAUACAUGUUUAUUUAUGGGUGCUUAAUAGUGAUGAAGACUUUAAAACAGCCUUCGAUCUUGGAGUGACAGGGGUUAUGACUGAUUAUCCAACAAAAUUGAAAUUAUUUCUUGCAAGAAAUACAAUCAAGUGAAUUGUGAAAAACUGUUUAUCAUGCAGUAAUUUAAACUAAUUAUUUAUAACUUCCAAGGCUCAUAAUUUAAUUACGCACAAGCAGCAUUUUACCUAGUCAUUGACUAAAUGUACAGAGAGCUUAUAAUAUUAACCAUAAGUUAUUGCCAUAAUUUAUUUAUAAGAUUUAGUUGUAUUAACAAAAAGUGACAAUUAAUUUUUGUUCUUAUGAUUUUUGUUAUCUUUAUAUUUAAUGUGAUUAAGAAUAUAGUUGAGUAAAGAACGUUCUUUCUUGACAUCUUACCAUGCUCCAAAAAAUAUUGUUUCUUAUUUAAAAAUUGCUUAAGACGUUGUUUGGGGACUAAUAUUUGUUGCUGAAACAUUGUUUAGUGAUAAUAGAUUCUCAACUGGAACUGUCUGUAGAUAAACACUUUAUUGUAAUUUAUAUUUUAAUUAUUAAUAUUUGUAGUGAAACAUAAUGCCGAAGAAUUUGUGAUAAGGUGGUGUUAACACCUUUUAGAAUCAAUUAAUUGUUGAAUUGAUAGAACAGAUUAGUUUAGGAUUUUAUUAAACUGUAUGAUAAAAUGUAUGUAAUUAUAGGAAUAUCAAUUCCAAAUUUCCAGUAAUUAUAUUUAUCUUAAUGUUAAGUUAAUGUAUCUGAAGGAAAGUAUUUUUUUCCUUGUUAUGUUUGGUUCUUUCACUACUUUCAUGUGAUAAAAAAAACAUGAAGCUUUGCAUAACCUGCAAUGAAACAAUAAACAAGUGUAUAACAGCAUUCAAACAAUAAUGUGUAUUUCAUGUAAAAAAUAAUAUAAAUUUUUAGAAGGGAAACUUUAUAAAGUAAAGGUACCGGAUAGUAUGUAUAAAGAAAAGAUUUUCAUAUAAGCUU